GCAUGCGCCUCCCCAGGCCUGGCGGGAACUUCGAGGACUGCGCGCCCCAGGCAGAGGCGCAUGCGUGGGACUCCGUCUCCCGCCGUCCCUCGCGCUGUGGCUUGUCCCGGACUCCGUUUCCCAGCAGCCCGCGCGCCCGGCGGCCUUUUUCCCGGCGUGCCCCGCUCUUCCCCCUUUCCCAGGGCUGCGUGGGCCGGGGGCGGCUGGUCUGGGGCCUGCGGUCCGGGGCCGGGGGCGGGCUGCGCGGCGAUGGCCUCCUGCGCCGAGAUCUUGCGCAGCGAGUUCCCCGAGCUGGACGGGGAGGUGUUCGCCUACGUGACCGGGGUCUUGCAUAGUGGCAGUGCAGAUUUUGAGUCUGUGGAUGAUCUCUUUGAAGCGGUGGGAGAGCUCUUGCAGGAAGUGUCCAGAGACUCCAAAGAUGAUGAGGACAUCCGGGAAAUCUGCCAGAGGAUGUACAACACCCUCCACCUGGAUGAGGAGAACUCACGGGGACGCAAGCAGGUGCUGCUGGAUGCCCCAAUUCAGCUUUCCAAGAUCACAGACAACUAUGAUUCUGGCUUGGACCUGUUGCCGAAGCUGUUGCUAAAGAGAGACCAGAACUCAAUGGUGAAUGCCAAGAAGCUGGAGAAGGCGGAAGCCAAACUGAAGGCCAAGCAGAACAAGAGGACAGAGCGGGAUUCCCUGAACCCUGCUGGCAUACUGGUCCUGGAGGAGGCAUCUGCUAGCCAGGCAUCCAGCAAGAAGGAGACUCGCAUGGAGUCAUCGGGCAAGAACAAGUCAUAUGAUGUGCGCAUCGAGAACUUCGAUGUGUCCUUCGGUGAGCGUGUCCUGCUAACGGGUGCAGACCUGAACCUGGCAUUUGGCCGGCGCUAUGGCUUGGUGGGCAGGAAUGGGCUGGGCAAGACCACUCUGCUGAAGAUGAUGGCCAGCCGCAGCCUGCGCAUCCCCUCGCAUAUCAGCAUCCUCCACGUGGAGCAGGAGGUGGCAGGGGAUGAGACGCCAGCUCUGCAGAGCGUGUUAGAGUGCGACACCACCCGCGAGAAACUGCUGCAGGAGGAAAGGGAGCUGACAGCCAGGAUCAACGCUGGCAAGGGACGAGGUACAGAAGGUGACAGACUGUCGGAAAUCUACGCCAAGCUGGAAGAGAUAGAGGCAGACAAGGCACCAGCCAGGGCAUCUGUCAUUCUUGCUGGGCUGGGCUUCAGUGCAAAGAUGCAGCAACAGACAACCAAAGAGUUCUCCGGGGGCUGGAGAAUGAGGUUGGCCUUAGCCAGGGCCCUUUUUGCCAGACCGGAUCUUCUUCUGCUUGAUGAGCCUACUAACAUGUUGGAUGUGAGGGCCAUUCUGUGGCUGGAGAACUACCUGCAGACCUGGCAGUCAACCAUUCUAGUGGUGUCCCACGACCGGAACUUCCUGAAUGCUGUGGCCACUGACAUCAUCCACCUGCACUCGCAGCGUCUCGAACCCUACCGGGGCAACUUUGAGAACUUCAUGAAGAUCAAGGAGGAGCGGCUGAAGAACCAGCAGCGCGAGUAUGAGGCCCAGCGGCAGUACCGGGAACAUAUACAGGUCUUCAUUGAUCGAUUUCGCUAUAAUGCAAACCGGGCAUCCCAAGUACAGAGCAAACUCAAGCUGCUGGAGAAGCUGCCGGAACUGAAACCUGUGGACAAAGAGUCUGAAGUGAUUAUGAAGUUCCCUGAUGGCUUUGAGAAAUUCUCUCCCCCAAUCCUGCAGCUCGAUGAAGUGGAUUUCAGCUACAACCCAAGUCACUGCAUCUUCCGUGGCCUCUCUGUCUCAGCUGACCUGGAGUCCCGGAUCUGUGUGGUCGGAGAGAAUGGAGCUGGCAAGUCAACCAUGUUAAAGAUCCUGAUGGGAGACCUGGCACCAGUUCGAGGGAUUAGACAUGCACACAGGAACCUGAAGAUUGGCUACUUCAGUCAGCACCACGUGGACCAGCUGGACUUAAACAUCAGUGCUGUAGAGUUAUUGGCCAAGAGGUUCCCAGGGAAGACGGAGGAGGAGUAUCGUCACCAGCUCGGAAGCUACGGAGUCUCGGGGGAGCUGGCCGUCCGCCCUGUCGCCAGCCUGUCGGGAGGUCAGAAGAGCCGAGUGGCAUUUGCGCAGAUGACCAUGCCCUGUCCCAACUUCUAUAUCCUGGAUGAGCCGACAAACCACCUGGACAUGGAGACCAUUGAGGCCUUGGCAAAAGCGCUGAAUAAAUUCCGGGGUGGUGUGAUCCUAGUGUCCCACGAUGAGUGCUUCAUUCGCCUGCUGUGCAAGGAGCUGUGGGUGUGUGAGAACGCUACCGUGACGCGUGUCGAGGGUGGUUUCGAUGAGUACAGGGACACCCUGCAGGAGCAGUUCCGGAAGGAGGGCUUUCUAUAAAGGAGGCGGCCAAACUGUGUGUGAGCUGGCUGGAGUGGGGAAGUGCAGCGGCCUCAAUCUCCAUCUGAAAGGUGCCCGGCGGAGCAGCAGGGACACCACUUGCACCCCAUGGACUUCAGCUGUGCCAUCUGCAUUAAACUCCCCCCAGAACUGCAAAAGUGUUUGGGAUGUGGGAUGGGCCCUCUCUCCUGCCUCUGGAGCUACACCAGGCCUCUGCUGGGCAGGGGUGAAUGGACAGUAAAGUGAUGGGGGGGAAGGGGGAGUCUAAAGCUGCAGAGCGAGGGGAGGAGUGCAGAGUGGCUAGUUUCUGCUCUGAGCACGUCCUUUCCUCUGCCCCCUGCCCAGUGCUGCCUAGCUCAGCCAGCCUCUGUGGCUAGUGGAGGAUUGGUGAUCCGAGUGCACGGGGAACACUGGGCUUGAGUGCUGCUACCUGUUGCACCUUGAGCUGCUUCUCUGCUCUGCUGAGAAGAGGGAUAGAGUUUAGACCCCCCCCAAUUUUAACUUAAACCAUGUGCGGUGGUGGGAAAGGCCUCUCAACCCCUCUGCAGAGAGGAGCUGCUGCCUCCUGACUUUUCAGUCAUUUUUACCUGCCAAACACUAGUCAAACCCUCUUAGGAACACACUUCUUUCUUCCUGGCCUGACCCUAUGCUACUCUCCCCGUCCUGCUAAGGAGUGAGGAAGCUUAUGCUGCUGCUUAAAGGGCCCUGCUUCUUGCUAAGGUCCCUUGGAAAUCCUUGACAGGGUUUGCUUUUGUUUUCCCUAAGCUGCAGUCAGUAAGAGUCAAGGGCUUGUGCUGUUUGAAUCACAGUGGCCCACUACUCUGCCAGACAGGGACAAGAUCUUGCCUGCACACAAGCUUCUUCCAACUUAACUGCUGCACAAACCCCUGCACCCUUCUCCCAGCUAAAGCCCUCUCCAUGCAGGACUAGGCUAGGUCCGUCCCAGCUAUCACUCUGUUUCAUUUCUUUUUAAAUGAUCAAAUACUGUACAUUGCAAGGUAAGUUAUUGAGUACUGAGUGAAACUCUCUCUUCCUCAGCCCAGAGGUUGCAGUGUAAAUAAAAACAGAACCUGAUGGC